AUGGGCAUGCCGCUGCGACACUACCUUGGCACCAUGGCAGCAUCUUUCGGCUCCAUGGCCCUUGGCUCCAUCUGUGUCCACACGUACAUGCAGCCCGAGAUGAAUUCAGACACCGUCGCUUCAGAUUUUGAGAAGGAAGCGCACGCCAGGAGGCAAGCCAUCGAGGAAGUGACAAAGCUGGCCAUGGACGAGAGAUUCGGGCCCGCAGUCGACGACAGCGCCUCGAGGCCUCCCAGAUGA